AUGACUAGGAAAGGAGAUAAAGUGAAGAAAGGAUCCAAAAAGGGUUUCUCUACUGAAGGAGCAUUUGUAACAUCUGAUCCACGUUUUUCGCAGGUUUAUAAUGACCCCAGAUUCAGGGCUCCUAGGAAGAAGGACUUGAAAAUCAAACUAGAUGAUCGGUUUACUAAGGAAGAGUUAAGUUUUGGAAAAUCUAGUGCAAAGGUCGAUAAGUAUGGAAGAAAAAUUAGUGGAAAGGAUGAUGAAGAACAAAAGGAUGUAUUUGACAAAUUAUACGAGACUACGAAAGAAGAUGAAGAUGAAGAUGAAGGUGAAUCUGAAGCUGAAGCUGAUGUAAUGGCUCGAGCUAGAGGAUUAAUGUCUGAGGAAGAGUCUAGUGAAUCCUCCAGUUCUGAAAGUGAGGAUGAAGAUGAAGAGGUGGUAUUUAAUGAAAAGCAAGAGGAUGAAGAUGUGUUCGGAGAAAUCCAAGAGGACGGAGAAGUUCCCGAAGGAGAGCCCACUACUCGAUUAGCAGCCGUCAAUCUUGAUUGGGACCAUAUUACUUCGACCGACUUAUUUGCGACAUUUUCCGGAUUUAUUCAGAAAGGUGGUAAGCUGAUCAAAGUGUCGAUAUAUCCAUCGGAUUAUGGAAAGAUGAAGAUGCAAAAGGAGGAGGUUGAAGGACCCCCCAAAGAGUUUUUCGGGGCCAUAGAGACCAACGAAGGAGCUGAGAGUGAUAGUGGUGAAAACGACGAUGAAGAUGGAGAAAUCGAUAUUCAAAAAGCUACAAAGAAGUUGUAUACCGAGGAUGAAGGUAUUGAUUAUAAUUCGAAGGCUCUUCGAAAGUAUCAACUUCAGAGAUUACGAUACUAUUAUGCCGUAAUUAACUGUGAUAGCGUUGAGACUGCAAAGAGUAUAUAUGAGAAUUGUGAUGAGACCGAAUAUGAGUCUACCGCCAACACAUUUGACCUCAGAUACAUUCCCGAGGAUAUGGAAUUUACAGAUUCUGUCCCAAGAGAUACAUGUGACAGGGUUCCAUCCAGUUAUAAACCUAUUGAUUUUGCUACGGAUGCUUUGAGGAACUCCAAGGUGAAAUUGAGUUGGGAUGAGACGCCUAUUCAGCGUAUUGAGAUGACUAGUAGGGAUUUCAGCCAAAGAGAAAUUGACGAUAUGGACUUCAAAGCUUACCUUGCAUCAGACAGCAGCGAAGAAGAAGCAGAAGAAGAUGCAGAAAAGACAAAAGAAAGAUACAGAAGAUUAUUGAAAAAGCCAGAGCCUGAUGAAGAAGAUGAUGAAGAUGGCAUUAGCGAUGUUGAUAUGGAAGUUACAUUUACUCCAGGAUUGAUAGAAGCCGAUAAAGAAGUAAAAGAGGAAAAGGAAGAAUCGAAACAACAGACUACGAUUGAAAAAUAUAGAAAUAAGGAAAAGGAUAGAAAGAAGAAGAGAAAGGAGAAGUUGAAAGAGAUGAAGAAGCAGGAAAGAGCAAAGAAAACAGGAAAGAGAGAAAAGCAUAGGCAUAUUGAAGAAAAGAAAGAUGAUAAUCAUUUCGACAUGAAGGACAUCAUAAAGGCAGAGAAGUUGAAGCUUAAAAAGAAGAAGAGCAAGAAGCAGAAGAGACAGGAAAGAGAGAUAGGUGAAAUUGACGAGGAUAUUAAGAUUGAUGAAGGAGAUACGAGAUUUGACGAAAUCUUUGAAGAUCAUGAAUUUGCCAUUGAUCCUACAAAUCCUGAGUUCAAAAAGACUACAGUUAUGAAGAAGUUGGAGGAGCGGAAGAAUCCAUCAAGUCAGGAUCAUGCAGUUUGGAUUGACGAAUCGAAGUGUUUCUUUGAGGACCUACCUAAGGAUACCAUUGUUGUUGGUAAAUACGAGGCUUACGAAUUCGACGCCAAUAAGAAUGACUACGUGAACUCAAAUCGUUUGCAGGUUGAAAUCACGGUGGACGAGACUUUUGAUAACAACCACAGGGUGGUUUCUCAGAAGAAUUCACCUAUCGGACAGUUCACUUUCACCUCUCUUGAUUCUGGUGAGCAUAAAUUCUGUAUCACUCCUAAGCACACGGAUUGGUCUAAGCGUGCAAAGCACAGAAUUCUAUUUGAUUUGGCGGUGGGUGAUGCCAGACCGUUAGUCGACUCUAGAAGAGAUGAAGACGUGAAUUUUUUGACUAUGAAGACAAAUGAACUUGUUAGAAAGAUCCAGGAUAUUCGAAGAGAGCAGCAGUUGUUUAGGGUGAAAGAAGCCAUUUUUAGAGAUACUUCCGAAUCGGUUAACUACAACAGUGUUAAAUGGACUGGUGUUCAGUUGAUUGUUUUAGUUGCCAUCGGUGUGUGGCAGACUUCAUACUUGAAGAGCUAUUUUGUCAAGCAAAAGGUUGUUUAA